AUGUCUGUUCUGAAGCCAAAUGCACAAGAGGACAAAGACGUGGAAUCUGUGUCUGACAGCCGAGGUCGUACUCAGGAGCCAUUACAGAGUCACACAUUCUCCCUACAGAACAAUGCUGCAGGUCUGUCCUCAGAUGAACACGAAAACCCUUUAAAUGGAACCCAGCCGAAUCCAUUUGUAUACAGCAGUGUCCCUGCUGUUCCCCAUGCAGGCAAUUCAUUGCCUUCAGGAGCACUUGUUAAUGGACCUGGUUCACACCCCACCUCAGAGGUACACUGUGUCCUGAACAAAGGCACUGUUUUAUCCAACAGUGUCCUGGAUGCCGCGUGGCAAGCGGAGAAGGACACGAGCCCUGAGGUGUUACCACCACCUAGUGAGCUUCAAUCAGACGCUUGGAAGAACACAGCGGGGCCCGUCGUAAAAACACUGGCCACACAGCCAGGUGUCAACACGCCACUGUCUCACUCGGAGGAGAAUGAGUCUAAACUGGCCUAUUCCACACUGUCAGGUGACGGUGCAGAGCAAAUGCACAUUAGCCAACCUUUGACAAAACAGACAAUAAAAACAAGAUCUCCGCGGGACGUGGAAUGGUCAGGAAGCUCCUCGGACGAUUAUGGUAAUACCAAAGUAAUCAGAUGGGAUUCGGCGAGAGAGUGCUUUUUGCACAAUGACAGAAGGCUGGAGACCACAGUGAUGCACCGAAGAGACGGAAAGCACAAUACGCACACAAAAAGCACGUCAGGUUGUCUGGAAAAGGUUAACAACAGCCACAGACAUUUCUGCAGUGGUAAUGAUGUUGAAAAUGUUGACACUGGAAACAAAGAUGAAUCUGUGGAUACAAAAUCUGAUAUUAAAUAUUCAGUUAUGCCAUUCAAAGACCUUUCUAGGAACAUAGCUUUAGACUCCGAGCACCGUAUUUAUAGCACAGCACAGGAAGGCUGUAAUGAGGGAAAUGACCCUGAAGAUGAAAACAGCGUUAGUCCAAAAGUGGAACAGUUGAAGGCAGAGCAACUUGAACACGAUCCACUUUUCUUUUCAUGCACAAUAUGCAAUGUUAAUUUUAAGGAAAAAAGACAUUUCCAUGGACAUAUGAUGUAUCAUUUAGGCAAGCAUAAUCAGGUGAACAGUGAGAAUGUUUCACAGCCCUUUAUAUGCAGGGAGUGUGGGCGUUUGUUCUGUGAUAGCAACUCCCUCAUGAGGCACAUCAUUAUUCACCAAGACAGGCUGGAAAAACUUAUGGAGGAAAUCAAAGGUCUGAAAAACACAGAAUUUGAAGACAGGGCCACCGCAGUGCAGUGCCCUCAGUGCGCAUUCGGUUGCAACUGCCCCAAAAUCUUCGUCCAGCACGCCAAAACACGCGAUAAUCUGACGCACUACUACUUCUGCGAGGAGUGUAACUACAUCACACUGACGCAGCAGGCACUUGAAGCGCACUUACACGUCGCACACCUCAACAAACACCAGCCCCAGCGCAGAAGAGUGACUCAUACUAAUGAUGCAGAGGGAGAGGACCACGUUCAGGUUCAGUGCAAAAUGGGUGUUUUCGCUGCCGGAGACAAAGUAGUGUUGGAGAGGCGUUCAGAGCCAAAGCAGUCAGUCUGUGGCGAUUCUAAAAACUUUGCUGACCUGUCCAAAGUUGCCAGAUUUAAACCGAAUCUGUUUGAAGAAAGAGCCCGUUUCCCCCACUGUUCCAGUAAGAAAGGGGACAUUUACAUUCAAAUGUCCAAAGACAAAACCAUAAAUCACACCCUGUUUAAGCGCAGCGCCGGCUCCACCAAAACCGCGCUCCUGCCGUCUUUGUGGAGGAUCGAUAAGCACGGAAAAUUACUCCUGCAACCAGGAGAAAAAUUAGAUGUAGCCACUGAUCUCACCUGUGCAGAGCAGGAUGCUGAAAACAAUGACAGCAAGGUUUUUGGCAGCACAAAGCAGGAAAACUGUCCUGCAGCCGCUGAUUUUUUGCUAUCAGCCAGGAAGCUUAAAUUAGACCAGAUGUUCUGUCAGGAAAGCAAGAAGAACCCAGGAAGCGGGAGUUUACAAGUGCAAGCAAACCACAAUUCUCCAUCAAAGCGAAAAAUGUCAACACCUUUGCAUAACACCACAGAAAAUAUGAAUGGUAAUAUAUUGCCUAGGCUUAGCCAGAGGCUUAAGAAACAGUGUGCAGUUAGGGAGUUAGAUAAAGGCUGUGAGGGCAGCGAUAACUUCAGUGAUGACACCAGCGGAGCUACAGGCAGCUUCUUGGAAAGCAGGAAGAAUGAAAGGAACCCGUAUGCUCGGAGGUACUUCAGAAAGAGGCAGAGCUUUUCAGCCAAACACCAAAGCCCCCACACACUGGAGGAUGAGGAUGAUGGAGCUGAAGACUGCAGCGACAUAGAGCAGCUCGUAAUCAAGGAGGAGUACAUCGAAACAACAGUGUGUGAUGAUCCUCCACAGUCGUCUGCUGCGUCUCCAGGUGACAGCUGUGGUAUUUUCCCCACGCCGGGGGUAGAACACAAGACCUGUCCUUACUGCCCCGCCAUGUUUGAGUCUGGAGUGGGUCUGUCCAAUCACGUGCGAGGGCACCUUCACCGAGUCGGCCUGAGCUACAACGCUCGGCACAUGGUUUCACCAGAGCAGGUGGCGUUGCAGGACUGUCAGCCGCGAGUUCGCAGAAGGAUAUCUGCUGGCAUGAGGAGAAUGAGAAAAGCUGUUAAACCAGAAACCCGCGGAGAGCACACGUGUCCCCUGUGCUGGGGUUGGUUUGAUACCAAGACUGGCCUCUCCAACCACGUGAGGGGACACUUGAAACGAAUAGGUAGAAGUGUUACGAGCAACAGCAGCAAGUCCCCGCUCUGCGUCUUAAAGGAACUGCUUAAGGACAAAAAGGAACAUGGGAACAUCCUCCAGGUCCUCAGCGAGAGCCGCUUCCCCACACGACCUCCUGGAUCUCAGAAGCUCAUCAGCAGCAAUGACUUGUUCCUGACAGCCAUCCCAGUGAAAAUCCAGUGUGGAACAAAGAGUCCGUAUCCCAUAUUGAACAGCUUUGUACCAAAACAGGAGGCAGAUGCCUUCUCAGAUAGGAAGGAGCUACAGGUAGAAGCACAAAGAGGCGCUAAGGCCUCCUCAAGCACUUUAGUCGAACUGCUCAGAGCAAAACAGGAAAGUGUGGAGCUUGCAAUGAGAAACAGCCGGGACACCUAUGCAACCAGGAUGAUCUGUGACAUGACCAAAGAUUACAUGGAGGAGACACAGAUGAGCAGUGUGGAGGCAAACUGGACUCACGGAGAUUCAAAGAAGCUUUGCGUGGAGUGUAACAGCACCUUCCCCGCCGCCGCCCAGCUUCCCGCUCAUCUUCGAGCGUAUGCACACAGGAAGAGGAUAGCCAUUUUUGAAGAACCAGGCUAUGAUUAUAAACAGAAGAAACUAACACCAAGGCCUGGGCUGAAAAAGAAGAUUUCACCCUCCCUGAAUACUGAGAUAUACACUCUCACCUGCAGAUUUUGUGACCUCGUCUUCCAGGGUCCUUUGUCCAUCCAGGAGGACUGGAUCAGGCAUCUACAGAGACACCUUCUGCACACCAGCGUGCCCUACUCAGGGACAGGGAUGGUCGAGGUUUUGGGUCUUCAUCACAAAAUACAGAUUAGCAUGUCUCAUGAGCACCCAGAACCUGAGUAGAGUUUUAUCCAACUAGAACUUCCAGCUGCCUCUUGAAUUUGCACACUAUUUCUAUGUACAGACGUCUCCCACAACUCUUUAUAGAAACAUAUAUAACAGUUCAUCUAGACUACGUAAUGAUAGUGUAUAUUAUUAAUUCUCUCUA